CUCUGUGAGCUCCUCUGUCCUUUGAAUCGUUUCCACUCUCCACCAUUUCUGGUCUCUCGACGCGCACAUUGAGACGAAAACGUUUCGAUCCGAAAGCCGAAACCUUUAGUCGAAGCUCCAAGAACGUUCUUGGUGAGGUUGUAAUUUCUAGAAAGUUUCUAAUGGCAGUCACGGAUGCUCAGAAUCCAGUUCUCGGAGAAACAACUUGUGGUUCUCUGCUGCAUCAGUUGCAGAAAAUAUGGGAUGAGGUUGGUGAGAGCGACGAGGAACGUGAUAAGAUGCUACUUCAGCUAGAGCAGGAAUGCUUAGAUGUUUACAAGAGGAAAGUUGACCAGGCUGCAAAGUCAAGGGCACAUCUUCUCCAGGCUUUGGCUGAUGCCAAGUCUGAACUCUCAAGACUUCUCUCAGCUCUGGGAGAGAAAAAUUUUGUUGUAGUACCUGACAAAACAACAGGAACAAUUAAGGAACAACUUGCUGCAAUAGCCCCAGUAUUGGAUCAAUUAUGGAAGCAGAAAGAUGAGAGACUAAAGGAAUUUUCUGAUGUACAGUCACAGAUACAGAAGAUAUGUGCAGAGAUUGCUGGAAAUUUGAAACUUAGUGAGCAGGGUGGGACUCCUACAGUUGAUGAAGCAGACCUGUCUUUGAAGAAGUUAGAUGAAUUUCAUGCUCAACUUCAAGAACUUCAGAAAGAAAAGAGUGAUAGGCUACACAAGGUUCUUGAUUUUGUAAGCACUGUGCAUGAUCUUUGUGCCGUCUUAGGGAUGGAUUUCUUUAGUACCAUUACUGAAGUUCACCCAAGCUUAAAUGACUCUGUUGGUGUGCAAUCCAAGAGCAUUAGUAAUGACACUCUAUCCAGGCUGGCUAAGACUGUACUAGCACUAAAGGAAGAUAAGAAACAGAGGCUGCUAAAGCUUCAAGAGCUAGCAUCACAGCUUAUUGAUCUAUGGAACCUAAUGGAUACUCCAGCAGAGGAGCGGAGCUUGUUUGAUCAUGUUACAUGUAACAUCUCAUCUUCGGUGGAUGAGGUCACUGUCCCUGGGGCCCUUGCUCUUGACCUGAUUGAGCAGGCUGAAGUGGAAGUUGAAAGACUUGAUCAGCUAAAAGCCAGCAGGAUGAAGGAGAUAGCUCUCAAAAGACAAGCUGAACUUGAAGAGAUAUAUGCCAAAGUUCACAUAGAAAUAGAUUCGGAUGCUGCUCGAGAAAAAAUCAUGGUCCUGAUUGAUUCUGGGAAUGUUGAACCCUCUGAAUUAUUGACUGACAUGGAUAAUCAAAUCGAAAAUGCAAAAGAGGAGGCCCUCAGCAGAAAAGAUAUAUUGGACAAAGUCGAAAAAUGGAUGUCAGCCUGUGAAGAAGAGAGUUGGCUUGAAGACUACAAUCGGGAUGAGAACAGGUAUAACUCAAGCAGAGGGGCACACUUAAAUCUCAAGCGUGCAGAAAAAGCUCGCAUUCUGGUCAAUAAAAUUCCAGGCCUGGUUGAAUCCUUGGUGGCCAAGACUCGGGCAUGGGAGGAGGAUCGUGGUAUGUCAUUUACUUACGACGGUGUACCUCUUCUUGCCAUGCUGGAUGAAUAUGCCAUGCUCAGGCAAGACAGGGAAGAAGAGAAGCGUAGAAUGAGGGACCAGAAAAAGUUCCAUGAGCAACUGAACACAGAACAAGAAGCAAUGUUUGGUUCAAGGCCAAGCCCAAGCCCCGGCAGAGCAUCACUUGGUACAAAGAAGGUGGUAGGUCCACGCGCCAAUGGAGGUGCAAAUGGUACUCCCAGCCGACGAUUAUCUAUGAGUGCGCAUCAAAACGGCGUCAAGUCCAUAGCCAAAGAUGGGAAGAGAGAUACUCCCCGGCCUGUGGCUCCUGUAAACUAUGUUGCGAUAUCGAAGGAGGAUGCGGCUUCGCAUGUGUCGGGCACUGACACUAUUCCGGCUUCACCAUGAUAGUUUAAAGUAGAUGAGGCUUUUGUAGUUCAAUUAUCUGUGUGAUAGUAGUAUAGUACUAUGAGUAGAUAUUUUUUUAGUUCCGUCCUAGGAGAUGUGUCCUUCAAUCGUGAUCAUCAGACUGGUCAAGCUGUGUAUGAUAUGAUACUAGCAGGCACUAGCUAGAUAUGCGGUUUUCCUUUUUCGUUCA